CACGAUUUCUUAAUUAAAAACAAAUCAAACGCGAAAUGCAGAAAAUUUUGUAAAUAACAUAGAAAACAUUGUAUUUUUAAGUGAAAAGCGAAUUUAUAGUGCAAUUAUGUUUCUGCCCGAAACAGCCACCUUCUGUAUCACCCUAUUGGUCUACGGAGCAAUCCUCUUGCUCCUGAUUUACUAUGUCCUGACACUGGCGGACCUGGAGUGCGACUAUCUUAAUGCCCAGGAGUGCUGCCGACGCCUCAAUUUUUGGGUGAUACCCAAGUUCGGAUCCCAUGCCCUCCUCUGCGUGCUCCUCCUCCUCGGAGGCCACUGGGUGAUGUUCCUCCUAAACCUGCCGAUGGUGAUUUGGCUAUUCUACGAGUUGCAUCGCCAGCGACGCGAUAGCCUGGGUGUCUACGAUCCGGUGGACAUACACAGUCGGGGAUUGCUGAAGGUCCACCUAAGAAAUUGUAUGAUAUAUCUGGGCUACUACUUCGUUAUGUUCUUUGUGGGCUUGUACUGCCUGAUUUCGGCCCUGAUCAAGGGAGAUCCCAUUAAGCGGUAUGAAGACGACGAAAUAGUCACGGAUUUCUGAAGUUUAGCCGAAUAAGCCUGCACCGAACAGAGCUUCCAGCUAAUUUCUUCGUACAAGACGAACUACCACGCCUGGUUAUAGUUUCUAUUCCGCCUGAAUCUGGAAUUCUUCGACUAAAACAGAGGCGUACAUCUAACAAACAAGUUUCCUUAAACACUUUCGCAGAAUUUGAAAGAGCAUUUGAUAUAGCUUCUUACAACCUAUACCAUACAAGAAUGGAAUAAUUUGAUUAGAAUAAUUUAGUAAUUUUUUUAAAAAUUUAAAAAAAGACUGUAACACCGCCGUGUGCUCAAUCGCGUUAAAAGGAAAGACGAUACACUUGCCCAAAAACAACCUAGUCGCACUUCAUCUUCACUUUAUUUAUUUCAUCUUUAGCAAUAUAAGCGUAUUCGAAUAGAAAUCACAAAAUACAUAACCAAACACAGUAA